AUGUCAACGCCCGAACACCUCACGGGCAACAAAGAUGCCAUUCGGCAGUUCAUAGACAAGUACGAUGUAUUUCUAUUCGACUGCGAUGGCGUCCUUUGGUCCGGCGACCACUUGUUUCCAGGCAGCGUGCCAACACUCGAAAUGUUGCGCAAGAAGAACAAACGGAUCGUCUUCGUGACCAACAACUCGACCAAGUCGCGGGAAGAAUACCGCAAGAAAUUGGAGUCUAUGGGCAUCCCCGCAACAGUAGAAGAAGUAUUUGGAUCAUCAUACUCGGCGGCCAUCUACAUUUCACGAAUCCUGCCUCAGACCCAUCCGGAAAUCAAAAAGAGGAACAAGGUGUUUGUGAUAGGCGAGGCGGGCAUCGAAACCGAGCUGGCCUCCGAAGGCAUCGAGUAUCUCGGAGGCACGGAUCCCAAGUACCGACGCGACGUGACACCGGAGGACUACAAGUUGCUUGCGAAGGGAGACCCGUCGGUACUGGACCCGGACGUGGGAGUCGUGCUCGUCGGUCUUGAUUUUCACUUCAAUUACCUCAAGCUCUGCUAUGCAUACCACUAUAUCAAGCGUGGUGCUCUGUUUCUCGCUACAAAUCUUGACUCGACACUGCCCUCUGCGGGUGCUUUGUUCCCUGGUGCGGGAUCGGUGGUCGCCCCGCUGGUCAAAAUGUUGGGGUGUCCCGAGCCCAUGGCGUUUGGGAAGCCGAACCAGGCUAUGAUGGAUGCCAUUGAGGGAAAGUUUCAUUUUGAUAGAGAAAAGGCUUGUAUGGUUGGUGAUCGGACUAAUACGGAUAUUCGGUUCGGGAGGGAAGGAAAGCUCGGGGGUACCCUGGGUGUUUUGACGGGUGUCGCUACGAAAGAAGAGUUUCUUGAGGGUGAGGUUAGGCCGCAUUAUUAUGUCGAUAAGCUGGGUGAUUUGCUAGAGGGGGCUUGA